UAUCGCCACCUGCUGGACUGGAGACUGAAGUGACAGAGCAGAACAUGUGAGCUGGUCGUAGCUUUGUGCGGUAGCUAACUGUGGUGUAAUGGCGUCUUCAGUCAGUUAGAGGUAAACCCCUGGUUUACCGUGUUUUGUUGCUAAACUCUACCGUGUCCCACCUGUCCGGCCCGGAGAAGCGGGAAGAGAGGGGCGCUGCCGGGCUGUAACAUAGUACUGCUGCAGCUAGCUUAGCUAACGUCAGCUAACCCACUGCCAGCGGUAAACGCUCGGGUCAAAAAUGGCCUCGGUUUCGAUUCCUGCCUGCACCACUGCACUUUUACUGGACAUCGAGGGAACCACUACGCCGAUCACGUUUGUUAAGGACAUACUGUUUCCUUAUAUCAGAGAGCAUCUUGAGGAUCAUCUGUCCAUGCAUUGGGAGGAAGAUGAGUGCAAACAAGAUGUCCACCUGCUCAAAAAGCAGAUCGAAGAGGACAUGAGGCAGAACCGGGCGUGUCCCGUCCACACCGUGGACCAGACGGUCCACACGGACGAGGAGAAGGCCAUCAGGGAGGUGGUGGAGAACGUGAUGUGGCAGAUGGCGGCGGACAGGAAGUCCACGGCGCUCAAGCAGCUGCAGGGCCAUAUGUGGAGGGCAGCCUACACGUCUGGGAGAAUCAAAGGCGAGAUCUACCCCGACGUGGUGCCGUCCGUCAAAACGUGGCGGGAACGCGGCCUGAAGGUUUACAUCUACUCCUCUGGCAGCGUGGAGGCCCAGAAGCUCCUGUUCGGAUACUCGGUGGAAGGAGACGUUUUAGACCUCUUCGACGGCCACUUCGACACCACGAUAGGAGCCAAAGUGGACUCGAAGAGCUACGAGCGGAUCGCCGAGCGGAUCGGCUGUCAGCCGGAGGAAAUCACCUUCCUCACCGACGUUAGCAGAGAGGCCAAAGCGGCGGAGGAAGCCGGGCUGAACGUCCUGCUGGUGGUCCGGCCCGGAAACAUGGAGCUGACGGACGAGGAGAGCGCUCACUACAACCUCAUUACCUCCUUUAGUCAACUUCAGCUGACGGGGCGAGCUUAACGCUGACCCAGUCCGCUUCUCCUCUACCAUCCCUGACUUUCUUUCCUUUUUUUUAAAUCUACUCUGGUGUUCUUGAUUUUGACUGUUGGCAGGAACUGGGACUUUUUUUUCAUUUUUGUUCACUGUAUGGCUAAUUAUGUAGCCUUGAAUAAGUACUCCUCUUCCUCAAACGUUUCCAUAUUUUGGCAUUUGCCACAUCUUCAAACUUCAGUGUGUGUGUGUAUAUAUAUAUAUAUAUAUAUAUAUAUAUAUAUAUAGUAAUAGACCAACAAAAAGUUGUGCAUAAUUGUGAUGAAAAUGAGGUACAUGAUUUAAAAAAAAUCUGUUGACCAAAUGUUUGCUGCGGCUCUUGGGCUCAGUCAGGUGAACAUGAUGCUGCCACCGCCGUGUUUUCUUGUGACUUUGAAAGUUUGCCGUGUGCCCUGCAUGGUUUUGAAGCAAAAUUCUCUACUGAUCGCUUCAGUAGGUCUCUGCUUUGACUAGGCCAUUCUAACACGAGGACAUUGCUCAUCAGGGUCACUCCACCUCCGUGUUUUACGGCUUUCCAGCAGGUUUUCUUUCCAUCAAUAGAAACCCCACAACAUUAUGCAGCCACCACCGUGCUUCACAGCGGAGAUGUUUUCAGAAUGGUUUGCAUUGUUGCUCUUCAAGCUGUGUGUAUGUGGGUUUUUUUUUUUGAACAGUUCUUUAAAUAUCUCUACAACUACAACGCCGUUUGUUCUCUAACGAACCUGUGACGCCUUCACAGAACAUCUGGGUUUCUCAGUCUCUCCAGGGAGAUGUUCUUGCAAUUUCGCUUCAUUUUCAGUUUCAUCCUUUUCUGACCAACCACUGCAACUCUCCACCUUAAUCUAAAAGACAAGCUAACCCAUGCAGCUCUGUCAUAUUAAGCUUGCUGCUACCCGUUUCGCAGCCAUUGCUUGUCAGUCAAUCCUUUUCCGUUUCUCUACAGAAGUUGCGCUCGCUGUUGCUUUCCACAUAUUUAAAAUACAUUUUUAUUGCCAGUCAGUCAGAGAUUAGACGUUAGAGCAGAGGCAGCAGCAGGACAAUGACGUGGGGUUUUUUCUGAGAAAGAAAAGAUUACAACUUGAUGAGAAAAUCUGAGGAAAGGGAAGGUUAUGUGCAACAUUUCAAUUUUUUUUACAAGACCAUGUUAUGGUAAAAAUAAAGUUUAAAAAAAAAUCACAAAUUUACUUAAAAGGUGCUGCAAAAUGAGUAAUUCUAGGCCAAGACGUAGAUGAAAACAACUAAAAGCUCUGUCCACUGCGAUUUCAUUUAAGGGCAUCAGAGUAAAGCAGCUGAAUAGAAAUAGCUUCAGAUUUUUAUUUGCUAAAAAUGUUUUUAUUUCCUUCUACUUUACUGUUAUUUGCUCCUUUUUUGUUGGUCUAUUCCAUAAAAUAGAAGUUUGACAAAUUGUGGAAAAGCUGAAUGCUCUUUGCUUGGCGUUUGUACCCAUGAAAUCACGGCAGAAAUGCCUCCUUCAUUUGUACAGAGUGAUGUAACGACCAGAAGCGGGAGGUCGGUGUCAUGGCAACCCGAACUGGACUGCGAGACUGUGGAUAGGUGCUCUACAAUCGCAGAAACUGUGAGGUCACUUUCUUGACGUUUGAACUUUUAGGUGAACCGUGUGUCUGACUUUCCAGCUGUUUGUGUACGAGCGUGAUGUAACCGUUCCCAUUUUUGUAAAACGUCGUUUGCCCGUGCGACUACGAGACGCGCUACAGUCGGAACCUCUGGUCGUGUUUUAGAGAGUAGAAUCACUGUGUAGAAGCACUCUGCCGCGGCGCCGACGGGAAGCCAGAGUGUGAGAGUCUUAACCCCACCGCAGGCGGACGGCGUCUGUCUUAACGUGUGCCAUCUGUGUCGUCUGUAACGGAGGAGAAAAACGAUGCCGGAGCGACGAUCAAAUGUGUAAACGGAGUCGGUACUAAUCCAGAAAUAAACACCUUCUCACACACAA